GCGCGCGCCCGGCCCCGGCUCCGCUUGCAGCUGCAGCUGCACCUCCAGCUGCAGCUGCAGUUGCACCUCCGGCUCCCCGCCCAUGCAGCCUGAGAGCCCCCGACGCACGCCCCCCCCCGCCCCCAGCCCAGCUCGGCCAUGGAGGAGCCCCGCAGGGCCCGGCCCUGGUGUCUGCGGCGGGUCGGCAUGAGCAGCGACUGGCUGCUCCUGGACAACCUCACCGAGGUCACGUUAGGUCGAGGAUUUGGAGUCACGUACCGGUUGGUGUCCAAAACGUGCCCCCUGAUGAUUUCCCGAAAUCACUGUAUUCUCAGGCAGAACGCAGAGGGCCUGUGGACGGUCAUGGACAAUAAGAGUCUGAACGGCGUCUGGCUGAACAAGGAGCGCAUUGAGCCUUUAAGGGCUUAUCCCAUCCAGGAGGGGGACUACAUCCAGCUGGGCGUGCCUCUGGAGAAUAAGGAGAACGCGGAAUACGAAUACGAGAUGAUCCGCGAAGACUGGGAGAAGAUCCGUCUGUCCGUAGCCCUGAGGAGCGACCAGCUGGCGGGGAAGGGGAAGGGCCCCAGAGCUAAGAGGAAACUCGAGGGGGAGGCGGCGGACGCCCCCGGGGCGGAGGGCCCUUCCGGCCCCAAGUCCAAAGUCUGCCGGCUGUCUUGCGGCGGAGAAUUCCCCGGACGGUCCCGGGAGAGCGAGCCGGGGGCCAGGCGGCCCGCCCGCCACCCAGAUGCCGAUCCGUCCUCGCCUCCCGGCCCGAGUCCCGGGAAGGACCCGGGAACGCUGAGGGGACUGGACGGGGGGAAAUGGGAAGCGCCUGGGACCGAGGGCCCCUCCAGCCCCAAAUCCAGACUCUGCAUCCUCCUCUCUGACCUGGAACCCCCGGGGCGGCACUGGGAGAGAGAACCCCCCGCCGACCGGCCGGCCCACGAACCGGGGGCGUCCCCCGGCCCCAGCCGCGAGCCGGCGGCCGGCGCCUGCGAUUCCCUCCGGAGGAAGACGGCGGCCCCGAGCCCUCGGGGCCCGGACGCCUCGGCCCGCAGCGGCCUGGACCUCCUGAGGAAGAACAUGGCCGAGAUCUUGCGGCUGAAGGUGAAGGUCCAGGAGAAGCAGGCGGCGGUGUUGACUCUGAAGCAGCAGAAGAAGGGGGCCCAGAAGGCCGUGGUCAAGAUGGAGCAAGAGUUGCGGGAAUUAGAGGAGCAGCUCUGCACGGAGCAAGCUCAGCAACGGCAGAGGGCGGAACAGCUGGAGAAAAAGUUCCAGGAGGAGAAGCGGGACUCGGAGGGCCCGGCGGGUCGGCCGGGAGAGGACAACCUGACGGAGCAGUUGGCACAGGCCCUGAAGGAGCAUCAGGUUCUGAUGGAAGAGUUAAGUCGCAGCAAGAGCGACUUUGAAGCAAUCAUUCAAGCCAAGAAUAAAGAGCUGGAGCAGACCAAGGAAGAGAAGGAGAUGGUGCAAGCUCAAAAGGAGGAAGCCUUGAACCAUUUCAGCGACGUCCUGGAGAAUGAACUCCAGUGCACGAUCUGCUCGGAUUACUUCAUCGAGGCCGUGACCUUGAAUUGUGCCCACAGUUUCUGCUCCUUCUGUAUAAGCGAGUGGAUGAAGCGGAAGGAGGAAUGCCCCAUCUGUCGGCAGCUCAUUCAGUCCAAGAGCCGCUCCUUGGUGUUGGACAACACCAUCGGCCGGAUGGUCGAGAGCCUCAGCGCGGAGGUGAAGGAACGCUGGGCGGCUCACGUCAAGGAGCGCAGAGAGAAAAUCACCCCUGCUGAAAACUAAAUCCCCAGAGCAACUGGAGGUGGGGGCUGGGGAGCAGCUGAAGAAACUUGGAAGACCGGCCACUCUUUCUCACGGUCCGGUCGUCUUGGAUGGAAGCGGGAGGAGGAGAAGGAGACCGGCCCCGUUCGCCCAUCCGGCCGGCCGUCCCCCCCCCCGGGUGCUUCCCGUCGGGCGUGAGCUCCAUCAAAGACCGACUCCGGCUGCCACGGCGACCGGGCGCGAUGCUCCCGGGCAACCGCCCACUGUGCCGCGUUGAUUGUCUUUUGCUUCCCGGCUCCUUGAAACAUCGGCGUCAGAGCUUCCUGACGACCCGGGGCUAGUCCCUCGGCAGACCCGGGAAGGAUGUGGCGUUUUACCGCCAGGGAAGCUGGCGGUGUGAUAUCCGAAGUGGCUUCGCCACACGGGGCGGGGGGUGCGGGAGGUGGGAGGGAAGGGCAGGUUUCCUAGAAAUAAACUGUAAAUGUUCUACCCAC